AUGGUGAGGGCUCCAAGAUCUGAGAAUAGGGUUUUAAAGAAAGGUGUAUGGAGUCCUGAAGAAGAUCAAUGGUUGAUAGCUUACAUCAAAAGGCAUGACAUUCAGAACUGGAACUUGACACCAAUAGCUGCUGGUUUGUUAAGGUCUGAGAAGAGUUGUAGACUUCGUUGGGUGAAUUAUUUAAGGCCGGGCAUAAAGCAUGGAAACUUUAGCAAGGAAGAAGAGGAAACCAUAGUCGAACUGCAUGAAAUGGUGGGAAACAAAUGGUCAGCAAUUUCAGCGAAAUUGAGUGGAAGAACUGACAAUGAAAUUAAGAAUCACUGGCACUGCCACUUGAAGAAACGCUUGAAGGACAAAAUACCGGCACUAACAACUUAG